AUGGCGAUCGCCUCGCCGCUAGGAUGUAUUCACCAUGGGUCCGAUCAAGUCUUUGGCUCAAGUCCACAGUCAUCAGACGCCACAAUGGAGGGCCCGUCGCCAAACCUUGCCGCCAGUCAGAUGAGCGCCGAUAUCUCGUGGGAUCCAUCGAAUUUCAGCCCCGACGGGAACACCCAGCCGAUGCACGCCAAUCAAGGAAGAAAGCAAACGGCAUUGUGUCGAGCAGAAAGAUUUUCCACAGAAAAAUGGGCUCCUUGUGCUUCGCUUAGAAAUCGGUGCAUGGCCUUCACAAUUCAUCGCACAGGAUCGGGGCAAACAAUCGAUCGAAUCCCAUUCAUCGAACACCGCGACGACAACUCCAGCCAUCGCCACCCAUUCAUCUGCCAAUGCACAGCCCGCAACAUGUUCGUUUUUGAAAACAUUAAUCUC